AUGAGGUACACCUCACUCAUCUUCACGUCCCUCGCCAUCGGGUGGACAGGAAGUAUUCUUGCCCAGAAUGCUUCAUUCUCAAAUGUAACUUUCAACGAGGAGGUUGAUCAAAACUACUUUCUACUCAAUUCGCCUUUCGGUAUCUUGAAGAACAGACUUGCAGCUCAAGUUCUUGAACUUCCAACUGGCACUUGUAAUUCGGAAACGCCCUGCGUUAACGGAGCAUGUUGCAGUAUUCAAUCUGGUCUCUGUGGUUACUCUCCAGCUGAAUGUGGUACUGGAAAUUGUUCAUCCAAUUGUCUUGCCAAAGCAGAGUGCGGUCAAUAUGGUGCACCCGGAAAACAGAACUGUCCUCUCGGUGUUUGCUGCUCCCAAUUUGGAUUCUGUGGCUCGGUACCCGAGUUUUGCGAUGCCGAUCAGGGAUGUCAAAAGGACUUCGGUGGCUGCGGAGACGUCAAGCGACCAUCGUGCAAUAAAGAUGGCGGCAGUGUUGACAGUAUUAACAUUGGAUACUACGAGUCUUGGGCCAACACCAGAAAGUGCAGCUCUGUCUCUCCAGAAGAUCUCAACCUGGAUGGUUUCACACAUCUGAAUUUCGCCUUUGUGUUCUUCCACCCCACAACAUUCGAGAUUGUCCCAAUGGAUAAGAAUGCUGGAGAGCUUCUUAGUAGAUUCACUGCGCUCAAAGAGAAGAAGUCUGGAUUACAGACCUGGGUCAGUGUGGGAGGAUGGUCUUUCAACGAUCCGGGCCCAUGGCAGCUAGCUUUCAGCAACAUGGCUAGCACAGCGGCGAAUCGCAAAACGUUCAUCAACAACAUGAUGCAAUUCAUGGAUACUUACGGUUUCGAUGGAAUGGACUUGGACUGGGAAUACCCCACAGCUGAUGAUCGAGGUGGCAGAGCAGAGGAUUCUGCCAAUUUCGUGCAGCUUUCCAAGGAUAUCCACGACCAAUUUGCUGGUCGAUACGGUUACACCAUUACCCUUCCAUCCUCGUACUGGUACUUGAAGCACUUUGAGCUUGCCAAGCACCAGUCUUCUGUCAGCUGGUUCAACCUGAUGAGCUACGACUUGCACGGGGUGUGGGAUGCGGCUAGCAAAUUCAUUGGUUCUAAAAUUGCGCCACAUACCAAUAUCACUGAGAUCAAUCUUGGUCUCGACUUGCUUUGGCGUGCGGGUGUCAAGCCCGAGAAAGUAGUCAUGGGCAAGGGCUACUAUGGCAGAUCGUUUACCUUGACAGAUCCCAGUUGUAACAAGCCUGAUGGUACCUGCACAUUCUCUGGUGGGGCCAAAGAGGGACCCUGCUCCGGAGCUUCUGGAAUUCUCACACUCCAAGAGAUCAACGAAAUCAUCAAAGAGAAGAACCUGAAGCCUGUGCAUGAUCUGAAGGCCGGCGUGAAAUGGAUUCAGUGGGACAACGACCAAUGGGUAUCUUACGACGACGAAGAUACAUUCAAACAGAAGAGAGAGUUUGCCAACUCACGCUGUCUCGGCGGCCUGAUGAUUUGGGCAAUCGAUCAGGUUGACCAAAAAGAGAAGAGCUUGAACUAUCCACCGGACUUCACUGAAGAGGAAAUUAUGGAUGCCGAACUUGUUAUUCAAGACGAAGCUGCGCAAGGAACCUGUUUCACUACCCAAUGCGGUGCGAAGUGUAAUGGGGGUGAGUAUGAGGCCGCGCAAAUGAACGGACAGCCAGGCGAUCUAUCUGUCCUUUCGCGAUGUCAAAAAGGAGAGUUCCGUCGCCUAUGUUGUGCGAAGGGCACUGUGAUGGGCAAGUGCCGAUGGAGAGGCUACAGAGGAGUCGGAUUAAGUUGUCUAGGAGGGUGCGGUGAAGGCGAGACCGAAGUCACGGCCAACACCAACCAUCACUCCGACAAGGAAGACCAGACUUGUGCGGGGGGCACGCAAAGUUACUGCUGUCUGGGUUUCAAACCACCCAUCACCAAAGAGCAAGUCCAAGACACCAUCAAGGACAAAGCAAAAGACCUCGCACUGGAGGCUGCGGAAGCUGCCGCCCUCGAACUCGCCGCAACAGCAUUCUGCAGGAUCGCCAUCACAGCGGCUUUGACACCCCUGACGUUCAUUCCAGUUAUUGGAUGGAUAAUCCGGCUUGCCGUACAAGCAGCAGUACCCGCUCUCGCAAAGUUAUGCGCCAAGGGCGUUGCCAAAGCAGGAAAAUCAGUCUUCAAGUUCCGCGGCAAAGAUUACGACGUCAAGCUCGACAAACCCUUGACCUCCAAAAAAGAUCGCGAACCAUCAGCAACUCCAACAAAACCUUCGGGGCGUGACGGCAAGUGUAGCAGGAAAAACCAGAAGCGAGCCCAAGGGAGGACAUUGAGCGUUACAACCACCUCAUUCAUCCGCGAUGUUGAAGUCGUGAAUAGAAAGACGUGCGACUUCGUUACAGGGGGCCAGGCUUGCCUCCAUUACAGCUCAGUCAUCAGAGUACAAGGCAAUGGCUACGCAUCGCUAACCUGCACCGAUAAACUAGAUCCCAUCUGGGGUGGGCCACUCCGACCGGUAGUAGCGAUAUACAAUGGUCAACACAACGUUGGUUGGAUACAUAAUUGGAUGCAUGCCGAUCCUCUCAACGAUCUUGAACCGCCGGUGUGUCAGCGCGAUGAGUGGCCUCCGGCGGCUAUAUGGCAAGGUCGAGACUUGAACCAGUGGAUCCGUCUCAGCCCUCGAGACGGGAAUGGCAAGGCGGGAAGUCUGUGGAAUAGAAUGUGCCCUGAAAAAGUCUCCAUUCGUAGCAUCGGAAAGCAUUUAAGCUCAGUCCAACAAGCAUGCAAUAGGGUGAUUGAACAUUAUAAGGAGACAGCUCAGAGAACUGUGACUGUUAUGCACAUGGGCUUCACCAAUAUGCCAGUUGGAAUACAGGAUGAUGGCCUUUCCCAGAAUCCAUGCUACCCAAAGGAUCUUGUUGAGGAUCCUGGUUUUGCUUUGCUCUGGACUGACCCGUGGUACCAACGCCCGGGCAACACCAACAAAAGACCGUUGAGAGCGCAAUACGCGCAGGCACCGCUACCCGGGAUCACAAAUGGUAAGACGCCCACUGGUCUGACGAAGCGAGGCUUGCUCGAUCCUCGCGAAAUUGUCGUUGACACAGGCAACUCUUCACGUCGAGCCACAGACGAGGAGCUGCUCGAGGACUUCGGCUUGCUCCAAUGCGAGGGUGACUGCAAACGGGAAAUGAACGACUUGGGUUUUGCAUCGUUACCAGUGCUACCCCACGAAAUGGCGGUACCACAAACACUGGCGGAGGCAUGCCCGACACCUGCCACGACGUAUGUCACUGUCACUGCUCCCAGCCCAACAAGUGCCUCAUUGCCGACCGCCACGAUGGUCGCAAGGACUGCUUCCCGAGUGCUUUCAGCUAUCUCGUCGGUCAUGACGGAGAGUGCAGAGUAUGCUUUCUGGAAUGGCGAAGUCCGUGAUGAAGAAGAGGAUUGCGAGUAA